CAAUAUCAUCAACGUCUCGCAGCUACACGUAGGCCUCUGGUUCCGUUUCGAGGACUGAUUUACUCGUCGCGCAACGUCAGUUUGUGACCAAACGGGGCGUUUCGGCUAAACUAGUGACGUAAAAGGCACUGGAAGGCAAAUGAAGGUCCGCGGUAAAGUCAGGCUGAUGUGCGAGUUCUGUCGCAAGACAGUUGUGAAGCUAUCACGGGACCAGCACUACGUGUACAUCUACUGCACGAAGAACCCCAGGCACAAGCAACGGACAAAGUUCCUGACACUAGCGAGUCAAGCUGGGUCUGAAUGCUGCUCGGGGCACGGACACGAAGAGCACCAGCAUGGGCACACGCCCGCACCAGCGGCGGGCUUGCCCUGCCUUCCAGAGGCACCAUACGCGCUGGUGCACUCAAAGAUGAUGGGCGACAUCAACAGGGGGCUCCUCGGGAGCCGGCACACGUCAGUCCUUGGCGAGCUGUACUGGCGCGCGGCCAUGCAGCAGCAGCAGCAGCAGCAGCAGCAGUAGUGAGGGGGUCGCGAGCCUGCAACAGCCCCUUGCAUCGCGACGGGCAGUUCUCAGGGCCAGGAAGAUCAGGCGGUAGAGCGCUGUGACAGCUUGUGCGCCCGGACCGCAGAGUGUGAUGAAUGCUGAGGGAAGCUAGCCGCCCGGCUCCCACGCAAUGGGCCUGCAAAUACAAUGCUGCAACGCCAUCGCGUGAAGCCGUGGAUACGGCAUCCAUCGCGUGUACUCGAAUGGUGCAGGCCGGCGUUCAGGGUACUUUGUGUGUUGUUAGUCCUCCUGACUUGUUCGGCACGCUUGUACGGCUAUGAUACGGUACUCCAAGGGUUGGUCCCGAGUUUAGGCAUGUGGCUCCCACGUGUGCACCGCAGUGGGUAUGACUGCCUGAGGUGUUUAUGUAUGUGUGGCGUACUCCUCUCCGUUCAUGGUUGCGGGCCGCAAACAAAGCUUGAUAGGCGAGAUGAGACACAACCACAACAUGAGUGCCGUUACGAGUGAAGUAACUUGCGAGGUGACUGCGAGAGUCUCCAACAGCACUUGGCGUGGUAGAGAGACACAGAUUGUUACUGAAUUGGAAUGGUGGGUAUGGGACCACGAGGAAUCAGACGAAAGCAGACCUAGAAUGCCAGCCAGGGGUGCGCACCCCUGAUGCCAGCUGGCUUUACGGGUUGUCUGUGACUUGUCGCUAGGUGUAGGGCUGGUUCCAAGUUGCGCGAAUUAAGUUGCUGCGGGUACGAACCGUUCGGGGCGAGCGUAACAUGCGCAUGCCGAGCUUGAUGCUAAGAGGACCUGGAGACUGAGAACAUGGAUGCGCUGCAAGUGUACGUGCGCAGGGACAGAGCUGCUAUGGGUGAUGCUGACGGGUGUAACUACUGAGCAACCAUGUGCAAUCUGUAGAGGGCAGACUGCGUCUGACAUGGUGAAACAUGCAUCGU